GAUAUAGGCUUGUCCUUUCGGGCUAAGGAUUUUUAUGUAUGUUUAUAACAUGUUUUAGCUCGAUUCUGAACUUAGUUUGACCAGUUUAGUCGACAUAUAAUAUGUAAUUUUGAAGUUUUGAUGCGCAACCCAUAGAAUUUUGGGUGCAUUUCAGCCGAAAUUAGUCGCGUUUGAUAACCCAAAGACACACAUUUGAAAGGCAAACGCUGGUUUUGGUAAGUAUGACUUCUUCCACGACUUCUGAUCGAACAACGGCAAAGGUAAGGGAAUAUUUAUGUGGUUAUUAUGUGUUUCUGUGGACUCCGAAAUAGCGGAGCCAUAUUGCUAAUCUAUGAGCGCCGUCUCAUAUUAUUGACAAGUGAACGAAUUCUGUAACGUAAAAUAUGUAACACAGCUGUUUUAUUAAGAAGAAGUGUAUCUUUCUAACUAUAUGUAGAACAUGUAUAUUUAGUCAACGUUUAUGAUGUGUAUUUCUGUUAUCUGGCAGAGUUAAAAUAAUUUCUCCGGACAUUGUAGUAGCAUUUUUUGAACAUGACGUUCAAUGUAAACAGUGAUUUAUGGAUAUAAAUGGCAUAUUAUUGAAAAAAACAUAAAUGUACUGUAUAACAUGUCCUAUUCCUGUCAUCUGAUGAAGAUUUUCAAAAGGUUAGUGAAUUAUUUUUCUUUUAAUCCUGCUUUUGUGAUUGCAUCUAUUGUUCCACAAAUAUGGCUAUGUAAAUUAGCCUAUCUUUUGGUGGUGGUUUGACAUAAAUAUGUGCUAUGUUUUCGCCGUAAAACAUUUUAGAAAUCUGACUUGCUGGCUAGAUGACCAAGGUGUUUAUCUUUCAUUUGAGCUAUUGGACUUGUUAAUGUGUGGAGGUUAAAUAUUUCUAAGAAUAUUUUUGCGUUCUGUGCGCCACUGUGUCAGUUGAGCAGGGGGGGAUGGUACCCCUAGAGGAUGUCGCUGACUUGUCUAGUUAAAUAAUGUUAAAAUAUAUGUUUUUAUAAAAAUAAGUAGACUGGGAUAUGACUCAAUAAAUUAAGAUGCUAGCUCUCCCUUUCCUCUUUUCCUCUUUUCAACAAACGUACAUGUUCAUGGAUACUCCCAUAAUUAAAACAUUUACAAAGAAAAUAGAAAAUAUCACACAUUUAUUGUUUUAGUUGUACUUAUAAAAAAUACAUUCCUCUCACCUCAAUGUGUCACGACUUCCGCUGAAGUUAGUUCCUCUCCUUGUUCAGGUGGCUUUCAGUGGUCUGCGUUGCCGGUUUUCUAGCCAUCAUCGAUCCACUUUUCAUUUUACAUUUGUUUUGACUUGUCUUCCCACACACCUGGUUUAAAUUCCAUCAUUUCAUGUUGGGUAUUUAACCCUCUGUUCCCCCCAUGUCCUUGUCCGGAAUUGUUUAUUGUAAUUUAUUGUAGUUUAUUGUAUUGCUUGUGCACGUUAUUCUGGUGUGCGACAGGUUUUGUACCCAUUGAUUUAUUGUUCUGUUUCCGGUGGUUUUUAUUAUUAAACUGCGCCGUUGUAAACACAGUUUUUGCUCUCCUGUGCUUGACUUCUCUGCCGCCAGUACGCACGCCGUACACAAUGUUUUGUCAUGCUGACGUGAACUGACCAGGUGGAUGAGUUAUUUCAAAGAAUUCACACAGGUCCAUUUCUGUUGGUAGUAAUUAGCACUGUCACAACCAACCCAUGAGGCAACCAACCCCGGUAUCCCCUACUUUUACCACAGCAUAUCGGUUUAUCAUUACAUAUACCAGAAAAUUGGGUCAGACAGAGCAACGAACUAUAGCUACACAUUAUACCCUUUUUGUUUUUCUGUAAAUAAACAAACUGUACAGUUAUUUCACUGAUGUUCCAAUCAGUCACUCAACACUCAAAACCAAUGUCUGUUCCCCUUCUCUCCCCCUUCAUUUCACCAUUCCACCCACCUCAGGGAGGUCAUUUAACUUCACCAGACAUUAAAAGAAGAAAGAGUGCACAGGAUCACCACCCUGGUUCCUCAUCCACUGUUCGGAGGUCCCUACAAAUGAAUAGAACGGUAACACAGCAUGGUAAUUCAGCUUCUGCCAAGAGAGCACUGUUUCCCUUCAACCAAUCAGUGGGCUCAAUCACAGAAUCUGAGGAGGAUGACAAUGAUGAGGAGGAAGAGGAGGAAGAAGAAGCUGAGCAGGAAAGCGAGGAAGGAGAGAGAAGAGAUCAGGCAAACACUGCUGGAGAGAGCAGUACAGGAGGCAGCCAUUGUGGUGUGAAGAAGUCUGUCUUCAAAGUCACCUGUGGAGCCAUCAAUGGAAUGCUACAUAAGGAUCGGUUUGCAUCAGGGUCGUGUGGAAAGAGCAUCCGAACGGAGCAGCGCUGGAUGACCCCGGUGGAGUUUUUGACGGGGGGGUCAAAUCUGGAAGAUCCCUCCUGGAAGAAAGACAUCCAGUGGGACGGGAAACCACUCAGCCUCCUCAUAGAGAGUAAGAUCUUGGUCAUCCACUCUCUCCUGUGUAAGUGCAAGCUGUGCAGCUCCACGGCCAAAGACAGGCAUGAUCAGGAUAACGAUGACGACUGCUUCAUCUGUAGAAGCCAGGGCAGCUUGAUAUGCUGUGAUGAGUGUCCUCGCUCCUUCCAUCAGAGAUGUCAUCUUCCUAAUGUGGAUGAUGCUAUCCUGGGGGAUGAUUGUCCGUGGAUGUGUACAUUCUGUGUACUGAGGGCCAGUCAGUCGUGGCGCUACCCCAAACAAAUGACCUACCAGGAAGCCUUAACCUGCCGAAUCUCAGACCACCAACUGGAAUGCCAGUACCUCCUGCUGUGUCUGUACAAUGCGGACGAGGAACACAUCGCUGUGGCAGAUCCUUGCAUCAAUGUGAGAAACUACACCAGUGUGAUAAAAAACCCUAUAUGGCUGGACAGGGUUGUGGAGAAGCUGCAGCAGAAUCUCUACCAGUCGGUGCAACACUUUGUGUCUGAUGUGUUGCUUAUCUUCACCAACUGUGCCACAUUUAACAGGGACAAUGCAGAGUUCCGUGGGAUGGGUGAACAAUUGAAGGAUCUAUUUGAGAGAGAGUUCAAGAGUACAUUCAGCAUCCAACUUCAGCAUCCAACUGCAUCCAACAGCCAGUAGAGCCUUCAUCAAGUCUGUACUGUUAUCUCACUAUGAGACAACAGGAAAUAUUCACCAUGCCCUGGUCUUUCUAUACAGCCUUCAUACAGACUUGCAUGUACAUUAUUAUCCAUCUAGUCCUUUCAUGAAUUUCUUUCAUUCGUUCUAGCAGUCAAAAUGGGUGUGUGAUGAUAAUUGAAAUUGAAUGAUGGUGAUAACAUUGCAUUUCACACAGUAAAUGUUGCUUUGCUAACUUCUCAUACAAGAUCCUUAGAAUUCCUCACCUUCCAGGUUCUUACUUCAGGUUAGGCCUCACUAGAUUCAUGUCCAGGGAUUCUAGCAAAAAUAAACUCAUGAAUUUCUAAAACAUUGUA